CAAAUUAAUUCUGCGCUAUCGAUAACAACUGCGCCGCACGUGCCAAUUUGUUUAUUUUGUUUUAUUUCUUAGUUUGCAGUCGUUGUAAUGGACUUCGCCAAGAAAAUACUGGGAAAAUACGGCUGGAAAGAGGGCGAUGGCUUGGGCAAGAACAACACGGGAAUCGCUGCACCCUUGAAGGCCAGUCUGAAGUUCGAUAACGCAGGACUGGGAGUGGAUCGCGCCCAGGAAUUCAAUGACCAUUGGUGGGAGCGCUGCUUUAACGAGGCCGCCAGCAAUGUGGACGUCCAGAUUCAGCAAAAUGGACAGGUGUCCACCUCGCGCAGGAAGGGCGAGGAGGCGGUGGAGAUCUCCACCAGCGGAUUCUCCGCGCGCAAGCUGAAGAAAGCCAAGGAGCAGCACGCCAGCGUUGGAAAGACCACCUACGACAACUUCCUGCAGACUUCGCUGCUCACCCAAAGCGGCGGCGAGGUUGAGACCUCCGAGCGCAUCAGGGUGGAGGACAUUGAGGUCACCAAGGUGGCGGUGCUUACAGAUGAGGAACUCUUCAAAGCCUGCGGAGGAAGGACGGCGCACAAAGGAGCACGACAUGGCCUUAAGUUGAGCGGAAAGAUCGCCCGUUUGGAGCAGCAGGAGCGCGAGAUGCUGGAGAAGCUUCAGGGCAAACUGAAGACUACGCCUGAAACCGAUCCGGUCCCGAAAAACGCGAAGCCAGCGAAUGAGUCGAUUGUAGCAGAUUCAGUGGAUGACAGUGUGGAGCAGGCUACGAAACCCAAAAAGAAGAAAAAAUCCAGGACAGAGGAAGCCCCCGAGGAAAUUGCGCCUGACCAACUGGAAGAGCCCACAAAAUCCAAGAAAAAAAAGAAAGACAAGGCUGAGAAGGCAGAAGAGGAAUCCCCAACAUAUGAAAAUCAAGAAGAGCCUGUGAAGACCAAGAGGAAAAAGCAUAAGAAAGCGGAGCCAGAAGAGGAAGUCCAAGAAGUUACGGAAGUCGAAGAGCCAGUGAAGAUAAAAAAGAAGAAGGAUAAGAAAGCGGAUAAGCAACCAGAGGCAACUGAAGACCAAACCCAGGACACUGAAACUGAUGUAAAAUCCAAAAAGAAGCGGAAAACCGAAGGCUCUUCAGAAGAAACCGAAAGUAACACAAUACCCAAAAAGAAAAGAAAGAACAAGGAACUCGUGUAAUAGUUAUAGUCUACUUUAGAAUAAAAGAUGUUAGAAAAAUGUAA